AUGCGUUAUUUUGAAAAAACAUAAAGCUUUUUGGGUAGAACUGUCCGUCCAAAAUAUUAAACUAAAUAAACUAAUUAUAUCAAGCAUAAAAAAUAAAUAUAGCAAAAUUCUGGUUUAUUUGUCAUCUUCAAAUCACUAAAGCCAGCGUAUUAAGUCUGA